CAGUGUCAGUUGGGUCCUUUUCCUGAACGCAUGUUCAGUAGUGAGCACUGCAGUUUUAUUGCUUUUCUUUUAUCAGUUAUUUAACAGCCUAACUUUUGAUUCACUUAAAAUUUCAGUCCGCAGGGUUAAUCCAACAGCUGUAUGAUUUAGGAAGUAGGAGAACAUGUCCAUUGUAAGUGAUUCUGGAAGUAGACCUUCAGCAACAACAAUUAGUACUGUAGCUGUCCAGACAGGAGACUCAAGAAUUGUUGUAGCUGUACUGAAGUCAGGGACAUGUGUUGAGCUUCAGUUGGUUGAAUCAAUACCAAAUCUGCUUGAAAUUGGCAGCAAUGCAGAUGAAACCAGGAAAAUAUUGACUGAACAUGAGAUCCUUCUUGCUAAACUGAAGGCACAUGAAGGUGGUGUUAGGGAUUUGCUGCUUGAAGCUGACACAACAGCAGAGGCCAAUAAAAACCAAAACCAGCUGUAUGAUGCGAUGGGAAGAACUCUGGGAGUUAAUUGGACAACUCUCAACCAAUUGCUUGAAAAUCGAAAGAGACUUUUAAAAAUGGCAUCUGAGUUCUUUGAUCAAGCUUUAGAGUUUGCUAUAAAAAUUGAUGAAGCUGAAGAGUUUCUGAGCAGUGCCCAAAUAUUUGAGGAUAUGGAAUCCUUGAAGCAACUCCUUCAUCAGCAUCAAGACCUUAAGAAAGUCCUUUUAACAAGCUCAAUGGUUCUUCUUAACAAAAGUCAAGAACUCCUUCUUGUAAUCAAAGAGUUCAAAAUCCCAGGACCGAAUGUACAUUCUGAGCUAACUCAUGGGGCUCACAGCAGCUGUGUAAAAAUUGAAAGUCUAAUGGAACUGCUACAGGACAGGAGGAGACAGUUGGAGGAGCAAUCACAUCGUCAAAGGCUGGACCUGGAGCGAAUUUUACAGAUCUAUGAGUGGGACCAGCAGGUAGACAAGGUGAUGCAAUGGUUCCAGCAUGAUGGUGAGACAUAUGUACAGAAUGAAAACUUAGGUUCAUCUCUAACUGAAAAUGAAUGGCUACUUCAGGAGCACCAUAAUGUUGAAUGUAAAGCCCAGGAAUUCAUGUCUGUAGCUGAAAAGUUAAAAGCUGAAGCUGAUGAGAUUUUGCUGAUCGAAGACUUUACAGAUAAAGAACAGAUGGCAGCUCAAAAUCAGAAACUGAAGCUGAUAUGUGAGAAGUUCUGGCUCCACAUGAAGGAACGAGAAUUAUUGCUCCAAGAGGCCCAUGAAUUUUUUGACAGUGCAAAUAAGGGCUUUGAUGUACUGGGAGGAUUAGAAAGUCAUCUGAAACACCUUAAUUUAAAGUCUCUGUGCUUGUCAGAACUCUCUAAAGAACAUGCUUCUGUGUGCCAGGCAAUCAAAGAUGCAACUUCAGAUGCUCUACUAAUGGGACAACUGCUCUUGAGUAAAAUUAAUGCCCAAAGAGCCACUGGAAUUCAGGAGAUGAUUGGCUACAUUCAACAGAGAGUAGAUCAUUUGACUGGACAAUGCUUUGCUCAUAAAGAGCUAGCUUUAAAGAAACAGCAAUUGACCACAUCCUUUGAUGAUCAAUUUGAAAAGGUCUCAGGAUGUCUCCAAGCAUACAGAUCACGCCUUUCCAGUACAUUAGAACCAGGUUCCUCUCUCUCUGAAAUUGAAGACAUUCUGAAUAAAUAUCUAGAAAUGGCUGAUCAGUUUAAGGAGGUAGAGAAUGAAUUAGCACACAUUACAGACAUCAUCAAACAGGUAGAACUGUUUGAUGUCCCAGAAGUAAAAUUAUUUUCGGAGAGGUUUUUUAUCCUGAAUGCCGAAUGGAAAACAUUGUGUCGGAACCUGAAUAUACGGAUUGAACACUUGCAAUCUUAUAGGACAUUUCUAAAAGAAGCUGAAGAGGUUGAAGCAUCUAUGCGAAGUUUAGAAGAUUGUUUCCAGUCUCAAUUAACGAAGGAUAAUGAAGAAAAUGUCAGGUCAUUGUUGGAGCUUGCUGAUUCCAAAUGGCAGUUGGUCCUAAUGAGUUUUCUUUCCCUCCAAGAUCUGGGGUUCAACUUUAAGAGCACAGUAAAUAUGAGAAAUGAAAGCUUGAAUUUAAAUUUGCAACAAUCAGUAAAUGUCAUUGAAAAUACGAUUGAUCAACUAAAUAAGAGAAAACUUGCUCUCACAGAUCAGUGGACAAAUUACCAACUUGAGUUAAAUCAGAUACAGUCUGUCAAAAAACAAUGGAAGAAAUUCAAAGAACAAUUUAAAAAGACAAUUCACUGUUUGAAGAUGCUGGAAAAAGACCUUACUCCACAGUUUAGAAUUGACCUGGGUUGCAAUCUUGGGGCUAUUGUGGACCUGCAAGAUAAUUUCAAUAAAGCAAAACCUCAAUUGCAGCAGUUGAAUGCUGAGGUGGAAUACAGAAUAGCAAUAGCUGAGCUUUUGGCAUUGAAAGGUGUUUCCCUAAAGGAAAGAGAUGAAAAAGUCACGGAGUUACAAAAUCUUCAUCAACAAGUUAAGGAUAAAAUAAAGGAAUAUGAAACGAUUUUUCUUAAGACAGUUAAAUUUCAUAAGACCAUUGAAGAGCUUGAGGACAUGAUGAAGGUCGGAGAGCUGGGAUAUCCAGAACUGUUAACAAUAUCCGACAGUAGCAGAGAAGCAAAGAUGCAACUUAGUCACCAUCGAGAAAAACAGUCACAUGUGAGCCAUUUGUAUAAAUUGUCCCUCACAUUAGCAAUGGAUAUCAUCUCCAUUACUCAGCAUUCUAGAUUCAUUGAGGCUUCAGUGGAUUCCCUGCAGCACAAAGUGAAAGCUUUAGAGAGUGAGAGUGCACAGUGGAGUGCAAAGGCAGAUCAAUAUGGAGAAAAACUGGAAACAAAUUUGCAUUAUUGUACCAUGAAGGAAGAAAUAAAUGAGUUAAAGGAAUCCUACAAAGAACUCAAGAAGAAGUUUAAUAACUUGAAAUUUAAUUAUCUAAAGAAAAAUGAAAAAUUCCGCAAUCUGAAAGCUGUCAGAAAUCAAAUCCAGCAAGUUGAAAUAUAUACUGAAAGAUUUGAGAUAUUCAAAAAGAAAAUGAUUCAGUAUGUGACAAAAGGCACUGCUGCACUGGAAAAGCAUAUCCCAAGAAUGGAAAUAAAUGUACUUGAAGAAUCCUUGAAUGAAGUACAGAAACAAGUGAAUGAGCUUGACAGGACAGUGGAGGAAUACAAACAAAGCUUGGACAUGACGAUGCAAUUACAACAGGCUAUGGAAGAGAGUCAAUUUUGGUGUGAGGAUGCAAGUGGUACAGUUGUUCGAGUUGGGAAGUAUUCUGCUGAGUGCAAGACAAAGGAAGCAGUGGGAAUUCUUUACAAGCAGUUUGAAAAGUUUAUGUGGCCUACCGUACCAGAACAAGAGAAGAGAAUCCAGCAAAUCACAGAAUUGGCAAUGCAACUAUACGGUCCUGAAGAAGCAAAUAAAUUUGUGAAGAAAAUGGUAACAAAGUACAAUGAGAUUCUUGAAUCAAUAAAGGAACUUUGCAAUGGGUUAAGAGAGCUUGAAUCAAAACUUCACGAAAAGGCUGAAGCUUCAGAAAAUCCAGCAGAAAAUGCAAGUAAAUCAGGUGAAGCAAGAAAUUCUCAGCAGGAAAAACAGGUGGAAACCAAUGAUUUUCAAUCAUCACCUGUAGAUGCAAACAUGCAAACGAUGGAAAACCAAGAGCAAGGAAAAGUCACUAUGGCAUCAUUGAAACCUACUGUGGACUCACCUGAAGUUUCAAAAGAAACCAAAAAGCUAAAUCAAUCCUCUAUAAGUGUCUCAAAUCAUAAUCAAGUUGUAGGAUUACCCGCAGAAGACACCCAAGCAACAAAAGAUAAUGUGAAGAGCUGCAGUGAAAGAGAGAGAUACAUUCAGUGUUAUACCACCACCUUGUCCCAGCCAUUUAGAACCAAGCUGUCACAAUCAAAUUCGAUAUUUCCAUCAACAUAUUCCACUGAUUCUGAGAGAAGAGUUUUUGCCCUUCACCUCAUACAAAACACAUCGAAAGAGGCAAGACUUCUCCCGACUGCUCUUGGGGACGAUUCAGAAAUAUCAAUGCCAAUUUCUUCUGCAGAUGAACAAAUGGAUGAAACGGAAAACAGGGGAACAUCGGAUAGUCAGACAGAAGCGCAAAAUUACCCAUUGUCAUACAAUCAUGAACGUUUAAAUACCAACGCGAGUGAAUUACUGAAAACUCGAAUCUCUGAUUCAGUUCCAGAAGAUCCAUAUUCACAAGAAGCUACUGAGCUAAUCCAUCCUUCCGCUGAAGGCAGCACAGUGACAGAUGGAGAUCUGCAAAAUGAACUUUUAGUCGAUGAAAACCUGUCUGUAGAAGAAUACGAGUGCAUGUCUCCUGAUGACGUUUCCUUGCCUCCACUUCCUGAGACGCCUGAAUCGAACAUGCUCCAUUCUGAAACAGAAGUGGAUAAAAUGUCCAGAUUAAGUUCCCGCAGCCUAUAUGCUGGAUCUUUGAGCGGCCAGCCACAAAUGCAAGCAAGCUAUAGUAGAAUGAUUGACAAUCCUGAUACACUCGCACCUGUUGGCACUGCUAGUGGAGUAAAUCACUCAAGACCACAAGUUUAUAGUGGAUUAGAAGGCAGUGUUGCAUCUCAUCCCAACCACAGCACUGAGCCCUGCACAAAAUACCGAUCCGAGUCUUUCUCUUGUAUCCACAGCCCACUGACAAUUCCUGCACCUGGUAUUGUUUCGAGCACCCUUUCACAUAUCUUAAAAUCCCAAAUGGUAACUAAUUCAUCAGCCUCUGAUUCCUUCUGUGAAGUGCAUGAGACUCAGCUACAGACUUAUAAUUUGCAUGAAAGUGUGACUGAGGGGCAGGAGUUGCUGCAUGACCAUAAUAGGAGCUGUCUUAGAAAAGAAUUGAGUUCUUGUAAAAACAAUUCACAUGCUUCACCUGAACCACUAACAGUACCCCUCAGAAUAGAUCAGUUAGUGCAUGAUCCAGGGCAUCCAAUAGAUACUGUCAUCCAUGAGGAAAUCAGACAUACAUCAAGAACCAGAGCCAUGUGCCACUUGUCUGGCAACACACCCAACUUCUCCAAGCUCUUGUCUAAUGUCAAUGUGGUAGAAGGUUCUCCUGUGACCUUGGAAAUAGAAGUUACAGGAUUCCCAGAACCAACUUUGAUGUGGUACAAGAAUGGACAGAAGCUGACAACAGAUCAGCAUUUAAACAUUUCACAAAAGGAAGGCAAACACAUUCUUUUCAUUGAGAAGGUGUCUGAUAAAGAUGCUGGCAUUUAUGUUGCACGAGCUAAAAAUUCUAAUGGUACUAUCAGUUCCAGUGCUAUCCUUCAAGUACAAGGUAACUGCAGUCUCAGAUGUUUCCACACUGGUGAUAUAGAUUGGUUCACUUGUCUUGGUUUGCUGUGUAUAUUGUACAUUAGCUUGUUUCUUAUGUAUAUGCUAUUAAUCUAACCAUUGCACUAUGUGUCUCUGUUCCUGUCAUCUGGCUGCCCAUCACUGUGUGUUCUGUAAUAUCUCCACUUAACACCAACAGUAUUAUUGUGCAGUUUUCCUAAUAACUUUAAUAAUGUUUUUGCUGUUGACCUGUUCAGAAAUUGAUAUUUCUUUACUGUUGCUUAUUGAAGGCACAAAAUUAAUCUGCAGAAAAUGCGAAUAUAACUUAAUAUUUUCCUGUAAAAUACAAUAUUAAUAAUACAACACACGAAUAAUUAACUAAAAUGUCACAAAGACAAAUAAUAACUAUCCAAUAAUAGUGACAUAAAUGGAAAUGAGUAAAAGAACAAUAUUUGUAAAAUAUCGAAAAGAAUGAUGAUUUAGAUGGCUGAUUCCAUUAAUAUCUUUACAUUUUUCUUAGAAAGCAUUUUUAAAAGUUGUUUACAGUCAAAUGUGAAUUCUUUAUUUACAAUACCCGUUUUUGCUUUUCAACACUUAAUAGUUUUGAAAAAUAGGUAUUGCAAAAAUGUUAAAACAGUAACUGAAUAGAUGGCAUUGGUAUUGCAAGUUGGCACUCUGAUAUGUAUGUGUACUGAUUCUCUGCCUGAUCAGUUCUCCAUCUUAAAGAUGUCUGUGGGAGAAGGUAACAAGGAAAGACCAGGCACUUUCCAACAAUGAAAGAGAGAAAAUUGCCCCCGAUGGUAUCUCCAGGGUGAUAUCACAACAUAGUCUGAGUAGCCAAGCACAAAGCAGCAUUGGCCAAGUUUGGUCCAUACUCAGUCUGAGAAUAAAUCAUAAAUCUUGCAGAUAGAAUGGAUAAAGACAUAGCAGUAGCAUAAUACAAUUUAAAAAACACUUGUAAAUGAAAUGUCCACUGCUACAGAAAUGUCUAUGUGACCGCAAACAAGGACUCAUUAUGUUUUGCAUUUCUGAACUGCCAAUUUUAUCAAUAUUUGCUGUCCAUAUCAUUUUAAAACAAUGACAAGGAAAUAAUUUUAUAAUUGUGGAAACAGUAUGUAUUCAUGAUAAGUUUCAUUUCACUAUGUUUCACUUAUACUAUUAUGCCAGAAAAUCACAAGCUGCAAUGUAUUGAUAAUACACAAUUAUAUUUGUCUUUCUUAAUAGUACUAUCAUUAUUUGGAAUGAAAUACGUUUCAUUGUCAUUAUCAACUUAUUUGAUUCUUCGCUGUGGUAUCAAUGAAAUCUAUAUUGCUGGCAGCACAUGAGACUAGUGCAGUAAACUUUUUGUUUCAAAUAAAGCAAGAUCAGUAAAGUUGCAGUUACAUGCUGAUUGAGGAGCAUGAAGUACAAUGCCUGUAUGAUGACUGAACCACGUUGCAGGUCAGAGUGGAGUCACUCAUUAAGGAAUGUUGCACACACUUUGCUCCUGGACAGUUAGUUUUAAAGGAUUGUCAAUAAUGGGUCAGGGAGUCGAUUCUCUCAAUAAUCUCUACAUAAUUUGGUGUCAUACAACAGCUAGUGCAAGCAAUACAUCGUUUGGCUUUAGUUUGCUUGGAAGUAUGAUUGAGAUUUGAUUUAGUUAUAGUGCAUUAUUCAUAUUAACGAGGUUUGAGAAGAUUUGUAGCUCAGGUUGAGGUUCUGGACGUAGGUUUGUUCAUUCGACGAAACUUCCAGCUUAUUCAUAUUAAUUUAGUAUUGGAAUAACCUGCAAAUGGCGUUUACAAAUAAAUCAUGAAAUAUUUAAGUAAACAGAAUAUGCCACAUUAUGUGUUUUAUAGCAAAACUUAAAUCCAGAUCGUAAUGUAAUGUUUAGUCAUGGAAUGUUAAAUGUUGACAGUUUAAAUAUAAUUUGUCAUGACAUAUGUAUGGCUGAUGAUUCUAUGUGAUGUCUAAUAUAUCUGAAGAAUGUACAUGAA